AUGGGGUAUCAUCCCACGGAUCUUUCCCAUGGACUGCUUGACGUGACCUACUCCGAGGCGGAAUCCUACACAAGUCAGCUCACGGACGUCAUGUGCUACUUGCACGGUCAGCGCAUCAUCCACGGAGAUCUCAAGCUAGGGAACGUUCUCCUAGACAGAGCCGGCAGGGUCAAACUCUGUGACUUUGGUCACUCUCAGGUCAUUCCCGAGGAUACAGACAAGCCCGACGGGUGGGGAGGCACCGACGGUUAUAAGCCACCAGAGUUAUACCACAGCCAAGUUCACAACGCCUUCAAGAUGGACAACUACCCCCUGGGCAUCUUGCUGUGGGCUUUGUUCUUCGGGACUGCUCCUCGCAACAACAUUGACUAUCUGAAAGAAGUGGACAACUGUUCGUUUCUCAAGCCACAACACAAGCACUGUCUUCAGCGGCUUCUGUCUCUAUCCCCGACACACCGAGCAUACAUUUGGGAGAUUGCUAGGAUUCUCAAGGACGAGGACACAUCAGAACGUUAUGUGAGUAAGGGCUCUGUGUGUUCUCUGAGCUCCGAGAGUUCUUCGGACUCUGCUCAAGCGAACCAGUCAUCUCCAGACAGCGGUUCUUCUGCAACGGAACGUCCAGAGAGUGCGGCCGUGUCGAACCAGUUCUGUUCCCCACCACCCCCACACCCCCAUGCCACAUCCUGCUACCUUCUUCCUCAAACGGCAUAUCCUGACAGUGGAGACGUCCCAACCAGCCUGGCUCCGACUUGGCCGCCUCUCCACCAAGACCUAUGA